ACAAAAUAUUUCCAAAGAGAAAAGGUCGAAAACGGUUCAAUUCUCAUAAAAUAUACACAAUGCUGCGCAUUCCUGGAAUGCCCCUUCUUCCGGGGACUCUCUUCCGCGAUGUAUCCAAGGGACAUUACCCCAAACCGCAAUCGCUGGCCAAUGUCCAAGGUCUGAGCAUGCUGAGUGAUCGACAGCAACCGCCUCCUGCGGAAUCGGGCAGCGUUACGGUGGACAUAAGCUGUCCCCCCGUUGGGGCAUCCUCCAUAUAUCCGCCACGUUCGGGUCCCCGGAUGCCUCCAUGGCUGGCGUACGACAAGAAGGUGCUGUGCUUCCAUGCCUACUUCAAGCAGACCCUUCAGGAGGUCUACCAUGCGCCCUAUCUGGUGCGCAAGGUCAAGAUCUACUACUAUCUGGAGGAUGGUACCUUGGAGAUCUACGAGCCCCGGGUGGACAACUCGGGAAUUGUGCAGGGAUGUGUGGUUCACAGGCAGCGGGUCCAGAAGGCGCCGCCGUGCGACAAUGAGUUCAUGUCCCUCAUCGAUCUGAACGUGGAUCAGACUGUUCAGAUAUUUGACCGCCAGUAUCAUAUCACCGAUUGUGAUCCGUUCACAAGGGCCUUCUUGAACAAACGCGGCAUAGCCGUUCCCGAUCCGGUCAAAUCGCCAUGCGAUCCCACCGAGGAGCAACGCAAGCGUGAAAACCAACCGCGAUCUGGUAAUCUCAUACCGAAGAAUCAUCCGUUUGCCCAGUUCCUCAAGUACGAUAGGCAAAUACUCAAGUUCCAGGCGUACUGGGACGAUAGAACCGAGUUCGGAGACGUACGCAAGCUGGAGGUGUGCUACUACCUCUCCGACGAUACCAUCGAAAUCAAGGAGCAGCACAUUCGCAACUCAGGUCGCGACGGCCCAACCGUUUUUCUCAAACGCGGACGCUUGGCGCGAGAGUUCGAAGGACUCCAGCUGCCAGGACAGAUGACCCCGAUGACGCUACUGAACGUCCUGGGCACCAAUAUGCGCAACGUGCGCUAUUGCGUGGAUCCGCUGAACACCGGAAACAAGGAGAUCCAUUACUAUAGGGAAAAGGAUCUCCAGAUAGGCAGUGUGAUAAACGUGUAUGGCCGUGCGGUGGUGAUAACCGAACUGGAUCCCUUCACCCAGAACUAUUACCGCCAGCGAUAUGGCAUACAGGACUUUACCCCACUGCCGAUCCCCGCGAGAUCCGAUGAUUGUGCUGACCAUAGAUCGGAACGACAAUUGCCACCGUACAAUGGAUGGGGUAGCUACGAGGAUUCGGUGGGCAAUUGCAUAUCGGUGGAACCGAAGCCGCCAAAGUCCGAUUUCAAAAAGUUCAUCAAAUACGAUCGUUAUGUGCUCCGCUUUGGCGCCAAAAUGCUCUCGACCAUCAAGGCGAACUGCGAGCGAAUCUUUGUGAUUAGCUACUAUCUGUGCGAUGAUACGCUGCAAAUCCAGGAGAUUGCGGUGCGCAACUCCGGAUUCCUCGGUGGCGAGUUCAUGAAGCGCACACGCUUGGAGUUGCCUGGCCAGGAGAGGUUCUCCUGCAAGCAGCCGCAGUACUAUAUGCCAUGGAACUUCUUUGUCGGAUCGACCAUGUCGCUGAAGGACUUCAUCUUUCACAUAGUCUCGGCGGAUGAAUACACGCUCGUGUACAUGGAGCACCAUCCGGAGACCUUUCCCCAUGCAAAUGUGGGUGUGAUCAUGGAGAAGGUGAAGAGUGCCCUGCAGAAUCGCAUGGCGGAGUUUGUGGGAUCGUGUGUUCCGGACUGUACGGACCUUGAGAAGAAGCGUGAUGUCUUUGUGUCCUUCGAGAGUUUCAAGGGCGCCCUGAUCAGCAUCAUGGGUAACCAGAUCAGCGAUCACGAGAUCAUCAGCCUCUGCCGGCACUUUUCGGCGGAGAAGAGUCAGCCAAAUGCCUGCGAUCGAUCCACGGUGCGGGCGGCGGCUCAUCUCGAGCUGAAGAGAACCCUGUGGAAUGCUCGGGAUGAUCUGAUGGAGCACUUCCAUCACAUCAAUCCGACCAACCAGCCAUUCCUGCCCGAGGUUAAGGUGAGAUCGGCACUGCGGGGCUGUCGCCUGCCAUUCUCCCUGGAACUGAUCGACAAUAUACUCUCGAUUCUGAAUCGCAACGAGUGCGACGACAUCGAGGUGUGCGACCUGAUGAACUUCAUCGACGUAUCCUGCGGCAAGGGCUGCGACAUGCUGCCCGUGAACCACGCCUUCGAGCUCUGCCCCAAGAUCCCCUUCCUGAACAAGGGUCGUGUGGUGAACUUCACCUGCUUCCUGAGGGAGAUCAAUCUGCCCCUCAACUUGCCAGCCGGCGGCGAGAAGAACAACGAUGCGAUUGCAGAGGGUGGCAGGAUAAUGCCACCAUCGGCCAUGCCCGAUACCGAUGCCCACAAGAUGCAUGAGGAGGACGCACAGCACGUGGCUUGAUUGAGACACGAAUCCUGCAGAGCACACACACAUUUUGUUCCAAAUUAUUUGUUGUAAUUCCUAACUUUAACUUGAAUCUUCGAAAAAUAUAUUUUGAAAAAUCGA